UAUGGCCUUAUUGGCAAUUUGGCAAGCAGAGGACGGCGGUGGACGGCCAACGCUAAUGGAGAGUCAGACCUGCAGCCGGUCGAUACAGUUAAAUUAAUGGUCAAGCUUGGCCAAUAACAUCACCGAAAUGUAAAUGCUUUUUCUACAGCGAGUUUUUGUCUGACAUCGAAGCCUGGUGUUAACUUGUCCACUUGCUGUUAUUGCUCCCAUGGAUUUUCUACAAAAACUUCUGAUCAAGACAACUUUGAAUCACAACUGGAGUACUGUUGCUGGGUCUUUGUCCAUGUUGGCUACAUUGUCAUAGUUUGUGUUUGGGCGCCAAAGACAAUCUCGACUUCAUGAACAUUUGUGCUCAGUUUGAACUUGAUGGUCACUCAUUCAAGGACUUGGUAGGCAGAUUUAUUCUGCCGACUUGAGUCACAAACAUGGUUUUCUUCAAUCCGGACAACAAUUGUGUGGAAGCAUUUGAUGUUUCAGGACAUGUCGAUGUGUUUGUUGAUGGAGAGUUUUUCUCCAGGUGUAACUUUUCCAAGACUGUCAAGGUUCACUUGGUGUUGAACUCAAAUGAUGGUUCUGUGAACAACCCUGAUUCAAAAGUUUCUUCUGUUACAGAUGGAAGCAGUUUUGAGAAUGUACUUACUGGCCAAGCACCUUAUCACAGCAAGGAAGUUUUGCCUGCCACCUCAUUCCCCAAUGUUGGUGAUAGUCAAUUCAAAGACAAAAGCCUUAGUAUUAAUGAGGAUUCAAGUUUGGGAGUGGUUCCACAAAUAGCCAGUGAUGUCGGUGAAAGUUCCGGCAUUGAGGGCUUUGCGGUCCCAAGUAAUGAAGUGUCAGAGGUUCGUGACCUGAAGGUUUGUCAGGAUGACUUGCAAGAAAGAGAGUCUUCACCUCUAUCUGGAAAUGAAGAUGAGGAUACUGGUAGCCCUCUAGUGAAUUCAGAAGAGGAAAAUGCUGGAAAUCAAGACAGUUCAAUAAAUCAAAAUGCUACUCUUCUUCCACAGAAAUUUCCAGAGACAGAGGAAUCUGCUUCUUACGAGUGUAAGUGUCAUGCUUGUGGGAAAGGAUUUGUCAGAAGAAGGCAGAUGGUAGCACAUGGCCGUAAUCCUGACUGUGUGGUCAAGUGCUCAGUGUGUGAUAAGAAGUUUUUGUCUGCUGCUAUGUACUUUAUCCAUUUCUGUAAACGCCAUCCCAACAUUAACCCCAGGAGGGAGUUUAAGGAAUACGUCAACAUCACUAGACGUAUCAAGUGGCGUGCUGAUGGGGAGAGGGUCAAGUGUCCUUUGUGUCUCAAAAUGGGGAAGAAGAGCAAGUUGUUGAGUCAUCUGGAAGGUAAUCACUUCAAAGAUCUUUCCUACGUCUGCUGUGUUUGUGGCAAGUCUUUCUACAGUGAGAAACAUUUGCAUCAGCAUUCCUUAACCCAUGGUGUGGGUCGGCAUCGUAUGUCUGCUAGUUAUGGUCCCUCAGAUGGAAGAAGGAAUUCUGCUGAUAGGAACGAAACCUCGCUGCGGUUGCCAAAACAAGAAUUGCAAGAUGCUAGUGAUGAUGAGAGGGAAGAAUCUGCAGUAGAACCCAGCUAUGGGGUGGCAGAGUCAAGUUAUGGCCAGGCUGCUCGCUCAUCUGAUGGGCUCACAGUUACCGUAACGGACCUUCUAAAAAAUGUGGCUAGUGAAAAUGAACAGGAAAUGAGAGUCUCAUAUAAUGUCGUUACGAAGGAGGAGGUUAUUGAAGCUGCUUUUAACAUUGGCGACAGUGUUGAACAGAACGAGUAUUCCAAAGUACAAGACCAAGCAAAUAAUGACAGUUAUAGCGCUGAUACUUCUGGUGUGUCACAUAGUCACAGUGCUGAAACAGAGCAAAGAAAUGUGCAGCAACCGGAAAAUGAAAAACAUACCCAUAGCGCUGCUGUGUCUGGAAAGCAUUUUAAAGUACACAAAGGGAAUUCUUGUGAGUUUUGCGCCAAAUGGUUUCCCAACAGAAAAGCAAAGGAAGCUCACAGAUUGAACCCAAACUGGAAGUUAAACUGCAUCACUUGCAGUGCUGUUCACCCCUCAAAAGGAUCAUUAUUUGAACAUUACUGCAGAGAUCACCCCUCUGUGCAGGACUUAAAGGAGCAGUUUGGUGACCAGUUCUCCUUUGUAAAUUUGAAAUUGCUCAAGGGUCAAGGUGUCUGUCCACUUUGCAUGGCACCAGUGAGUGAGGAUGAAUGUAUCAAACAUUUAGAUCUAGUUCACUUUAAUAACCAGCUGUAUUUGUGUUGUGUGUGUGGACAUGAGUUAAGCACAGAGUCUGCGUGGUUUGAACAUUGUGAAAAUGAGCAUGGAAGAUGCUCUGCUAGGGAAGGGAGACAACAGAAUGUUCGUGUCACUGUAUCUGGUAAAAGAGCGGAGAACUCUAUUGCUGCUAUUUCACACAUGAAAGUAAAUGGACCUAAGAGUAGUUUUGAAUUUCAGUGUAAAUAUUGCAAGAAGACUUUUGGCAGUAGAGGUCAACUGUUAGCACAUUCAAAAAGAAAAAUGUUUACUAAGUUACCAAGCAUUUCUUGUAAGCUGUGCAGGGUACGUUUUGUUGAUCAAGCUUCCCUCAUAGUACAUGAAAAGAAAAAGCACAGCGACAACCCGGGCCCUGAAUCGCUGGGCAGCAAUCUGAAUUACAACGAUGUUGAAUGUCCUGUUUGCAAGAAAGUGGUGAAGAAUGCGACUUUGCUUUAUCAUAUUAGACAGUUACACACUGGGGAAACGAUGUUUGAGUGUUGUGUGUGUGGCCGAGGACUUCAAUCUUUUGCAGAGUACAAAAAACACUGUGAAAAAAAGCACACAGAGGUUGAGAAACCAAGAAGCAAAUUCAGAUGUUCUCUGUGUCCUCAUGUGUGUCACACCUUCAGUGAGUUUAAUCGACAUAAAGCAACGCACAAGAAAAUUUGCCGCUUUUGUGGUGAGAAGUUUCCUUUGGUAAGACUUGCAGAUCAGCACUAUGAAGAAAAACAUCCAGAAAUGUUGUUCCCAUGCAAUCAUUGUGACAAAAAAUUUCCCACUCUGAAACAUUUAGAGACCCAUGAAAAAUAUGCUCGUUUUAAUCGUUUGGAGCCUUGUCCGAAAUGUGGCCUGAUGUUGCACUGCCUGAAACGACAUAUGAAAUCAGUGCACUCUGAAUUUCAAGAAGCACAGUGCAGCGUGUGUGGUAAAACGCUGAAGAGUGAGAAAAGUUUAGCACGUCACAUGGAACGACAUAAAAAUGACCAGCUUGCCUGUCCCGAGUGCUCCAAAGUAUUCAACCACCAAGGAGCUUUAGCCAGGCACCUUACACUGGUGCACUUUGCAGGGCAGGUCCACAUGUGCCACGUGUGUGGGAAGAGUUUUGCCAGAAGGACGACUCUCAGGUAUCACGAGCGCAUUCAUUCUGCCACCAAAAUGUUCUCCUGUCCCCUCUGCAACCAGGGUUUCAACUACAAAGUCUCCUUGCUGACCCAUGUGCGCUCCAAGCAUCCAGGAUAUGAACUUGGUUUUUAACAGUGAUUGUUAACAGGGAAGGAAGAAAUAGUAACCUAAAUUACUAUUUACUAUGUUAUGACAGCUGUUAAUAUUGAAGACAAUGAACAUAUUUUUUUCAGGUUCUUAAUGAGGACAUUGAUCCUGUCAAAUCCCUAUUGUACAUUGUGUGUUUCUUUUUAUUGAUAUUCAAACAUAUUCAAUGUUUUUGAAUUCAAAAUACUUAUUGUGUAACACAAUAUGUAGUGUAUGAUUGAACUUGUAGCAAAUCAGUACAGAAGGGCAGAUGUGUCCCGGACAUAUGAUGUUUUCAUUGCGGGAUAAGAAAAUUGUGUAUGGGUAUUGUCCAUAUAUUUUGAAGUGUUUACUGUAGAAGUAUUAAAACUGUUUAUUUUGUCUUAAAUUUGCUAUAUUUCCAGCAGUUGGAUAAUAAGGAUACAGUUGACCUGUUCUUAACACGAAACUAGACUGUCAAAACUCAGUAGUCCCUGCAAAUCCCUUUAUUAUUUUAUAAUGUAAAAAUUGAGUUGCACAUGUACUGACAAAGUAAUGUUUUUUCAAACCUUGUAUUGUGUGUAUGACCUUCAAGCAUUACACUGAAGUAUGUCAGAGACUCAGAGGUUUAAUUGCUCUCAUAAUGAUAAUGUGUGUCUGAUCGCUUAGUUUUUAUGUUCUGUUUGGGAUUGCAUGUGUUUGAAUAUAUUUAUAAGAGAGUUCUUCCCCCCCCCCUUAUUUCUCUCCCUAUAGUUCAUGGCAUAAAGACCUUCUGUAAUGUGAACUUUUCAUACGGAAGUAUACCACACGUGAUGUUAUCACCGAAUAACAUGAUCUGCUAUUUGCUAAUUUUUUGUACACCACCGACAACAUAUUUAUCCAUCCCAGUCAUCCCAUUAUUUGUUUAUGUUAGGUGAUUUGUGCAGUACUGUGCUUAAAUUUUUUACAUGUAAAUAAAAAAGAUAAAUGAGGCAGUGUGUGUGGAAUGAGGACUUUAGCAAUGGUACAAAAUGUCAAAGUCAAAAGUGGGCAAACUUAAAAUUUUUUACCAGUGUUGCAAUGUAGUUUUUCAUUGUCUUCAGUUUACGGGAGAUUGCAGUUGCCUGAUUUUGUAGCUCUUUCGACCAUUAAGAUGAGCACAUGUUUUGUCACUGUGUAAAAAUGUGUAAACCUAAUAGGGGGUGCCCACCAUACGUGUUAGGGUCGGGUCGGGUCUGGUCGGGUCGGGUCUGGUCGGGCCUAUCGGGUCGGGGUUGCAGUGCACACUACAGCCCCGCUGCGAUUGUACUCGAUGACCUGGAAGUUAAAGUAAAGAAACCUUUAACCUACAUGCGACUACACAGAGGGCGUAAACCUAGUCUACGAUUGGCUGGACCUUUGACCCAGGAAUACAUAAAAUAUGCCUGCCGUACUCUUGGACUGUGUGUGUGUGUGCGUGUGUGUGUGUGUUUGUGUGUGUGUGUUCGUGAGUGCUUGCUUGCUUGCUAACUUGCUUUUGUCUACGUGUCCACCAAAAUAAGGCCAUUUCCAGUCCAGGCUAAUGUACGAAGUUUUUGCACGGUGUAGAAGUGACUCAAAAAGAUCCGCGUCCACCGACAUCAGACCAGGUAAACCUAUUUUUAACCCAGUGUGUUAUGAUUACGAGGACAACAGACAGCACUGAUGAUUUAUUUACCAUUUUAAAAAGCUAAAAAGCAACAAAUUAUAAUCAUGGGAAAAAUUGUUGGUAAGUUGGGAGGAUGAGAAGUA